GAGGAACAUCUGUCGAUCGAAGAACAUCGAAUCUGUAAAAGAAAAAAGAUUGAAAGAUAUAUGACGACACUAAAAUUAUUCAAUUCCUGUUAACUUCUUACGCAAUAUUACUCGAGUGCAAAAACUUUCUUUUAAUUCUGAUAGUGAUUUCCGAAAACCACGGUACGAGCAAACUGACAAUUUUACAUUUUAAUACGAAAGUCUAAAGAAAUCCGAUAAGUAUGCCACGGAAUGCCAGAUUUUUUAUUCACGGAAUCAACGAUGUGCGUUUGCCAUCGAAAAUGCUAUGUCGCGCAAAAUCUAUGAAAAUGAAUCCGAUGGGAUAUAAAACAGUUAAAACUGACAAUACAUCGCAAUACGUACGGCCGACCAAGGAUAUUCCUGGUCCAAAAGCACUACCUUUACUUGGCAAUAGCUUUAGAUUUAUGCCUUUUAUAGGUGAAUACUAUAAUGUGAAUGUUCUGACACUGAUGCGGAUGCUGCGUGAUAAAUAUGGCAAUAUUGUUAAAUUAGACGACCCAACACAGGAACAACCGCGUAUCUUUCUAUUCUCUCCAGAGUUGUGUAAGGAGAUGUAUAAGUUGCAAGGCAAAUGGCCAACGCGAAACUCCCUGGAGCCCUUGCAUUACUAUCGCCAGAGCAGAGAACACAUCUACAACGGACAGUACGGCCUCGUAACAAGUCAGGGAGAAUCGUGGCAGGACUUUCGAUCAAAAGUCACUUUGCCCAUGAUGCGACCGGACAUAGUCAAAACGUAUGCUGGACAGAUCAACGAGAUAACCAGCGACUUCGUAGAGAAACUGCCAGCAUUGCGAGAUCCUAAAAUUUUGGAAUUGCCAAGUGACUUUAUGAAUGAAUUAUAUAAAUGGAGUUUAGAAACGAUGUGUUCAAUUGCGUUAAAUUGCCGAAUGGGAUGCUUGAAGCCCAAUCUUGCUGUGGACUCGGAACCGCAACAAAUGAUUAAUUGCGUACAGGAAGCGUUCGAUCUGAUAUAUCGUUUGGAAAAUCUGCCAUCUCUAUGGAAAGUGUACAAUACGCGGAACCUCAAGAAGCUAUUCCAUGCUUUGGAUACAAUUAAUGCAAUAUCGGAAAAACAUGUCGAAUUCGCUAAAACGAAAUUUUUGGAGACCGCAGAUAAUACGAAUCUAAAAGAUCGCAGUAUACUAGAAAAACUUUUGAGUAUUGAUAAACAAACAGCUCACGUAAUGGCUUUGGAUAUAUUAAUGAGCACUGAUACGACUAGCAAUGCAGCUGGCGCUUUGCUAUAUUAUAUGGCAAAUAAUGCGGAGAAACAGGAAAAAUUGCGAGAGGAAGCAAUUUCUGUAUUACCUGACAAAACCACGCAUAUUACAGAAGACAUCCUGAAGAAUGUAUCAUAUGUUAAAGCCUGUAUUAAAGAAUCUAUGCGACUGUUUCCCAUCGUCAGUGGCGUUUUAAGAACUAUGCAGAGGCAAGUAUCCAUAGGAGGAUACACGAUACCAGAAGGAUCAAACGUUAUGGCUUGUCACGCGCUGCUUUCGAUGGAUUCCAUAUAUUUUCCGGAACCAGAGAAAUAUAUUCCCGAGAGAUGGAUGCGGGGUAAUCUCGAAUAUUUAUCAUACAAAACUUUGCAUCCCUACGUGUACAUGCCUUUCGGAUAUGGUGUUCGCUCUUGUGUUGGGCAAAGAGUCGCCGAGAUGGAGCUCAUGAUAUUUAUUUUGAAAGUCGUACGAAACUUUCGGAUUGAGUGGCAUUAUGGACCGCUCGAAUACAAGAGCCAGAUUGUAAACUCGGUAACAUCACCAUUGAGAUUCAAACUCAUCGAUUUGUAGAUCAUUUUUAAUCUUUCCAUAAUUUAAUCGUU